AAACCAUCUAACGCCACUCGACCAAGAUGACUCAAUACUGGGAGCCAGGUACACAAUACAACUACGAUGAUGUUGUUGAGUAUGAGGGCAGCCGAUACAAGAUCAUCCAGCCCCAUCGCUCCCAGUCGGAUUGGACUCCACCCGCUACCCCCGCUCUCUGGGGCCGAUUGAGCGACGGCGAUAACUGUUGCCAGCAGAAGUCUGAAUGCCAACAGCCCCAACAAUAUCAACAAUCUUCAGGCGGCGAUCAAUACUCCAACAACCAGGGAGAGGAGAAGAAGGGCUGGCUUCAAGACGAAAAGCACAAGAAGGAGCUUGAGAUCGGUGCCGGUGUCGCCGCAGGAGCUGCUGCCCUUGCUGGCGGAGCCUACGCUUACAAACACCACCAAGGUCACGAAGGAGGAGCUCCGGAAGAGAGUCGAGGUGAAAAAGUUAAGGACUGGGCCGAAGGACACAAGAAGGAGCUCGAGAUCGGUGCCGGCCUUGUCGGAGCUGCUGCUCUUGCUGGCGGAGCCUACGCUCUCAAGAAGCACCACGAUAACCAAGGUGAACAAAGAAACGCUGAGGAAGAAGGCCAAGUUGAACAGGCUAAGCACUGGGCUGAAGGCCAUAAGAAGGAGCUUGAGAUUGGCGGUGGUCUCUUGGCCGGAGCUGCUGCCCUUGCAGGUGGCGCCUACGCCUACAAGAAGCACGAAGAGCACAAGCACCAUAACAACGACGAUGUACAGCGCGCGUCUGUGAUCUUUGGGAUUGAAAAGAAUCAUGGGCUGGUGCCUCAGGCUGUGACUGCCGCAUUUUACGCACAGAAACACAAGGACUCGGCAUCAUUCUUCGAUCAAGAUGUUAAGCUCUAG